GUUAGAGAGACUAACAAACCGCUCACGCAACCGAGCAUGGAGUAUCUGAGAAAUCCUCUGGUUUCGUGAUACGUCCCGUCGAACAGUUCAAAAGUUCAAACACGCAACUCUCUUUCCUUUCUACUUCCUCCGAUACAGAGUUACAGCAUCUCCUCUGUUUAUCAAACGAUUUCGCGAACAAACACACCUCUCGAUCAAUCAUUAGCUUCGUUUUCGCUUUUGAUCACCUGCAUUCACGGAGCGGAUUGAAAUUCCUCUGAGGAACCGUUGGUUCGAUUAUGGCAAGCUCUAAGCUCACGCGAAUCCCGAGCAUCAGAGAGCGCGUGGAGGAUACUCUCUCCGAUCACCGUAACGAACUUGUUGAUCUCCUCUCCAGGUACAUAGCGCAGGGGAAAGGGAUUCUGCAGCCGCAUAACUUGAUUGAUGAGCUUGAAAAAGUCAGCGGGGACGACGAUCAAGCAAGGCCGAAGCUCAGCGAUGGUCCCCUCAGGGAAGUUCUGAAGGCCACACAGGAAGCCAUAGUUUUGCCUCCAUUUGUGGCUAUAGCAGUUCGACCGAGGCCUGGUGUUUGGGAAUAUGUCCGUGUUAAUGUUUUCGAGCUUAGUGUGGAGCAAUUGAGUGUUUCAGAAUAUCUAGGCUUCAAAGAAGAACUUGUCAAUGGGCAGAAUAAUGACCAUUUCGUGCUUGAACUUGAUUUUGAGCCAUUUAAUGCUUCUUUCCCCCGCCCCACUCGAUCUUCAUCCAUUGGCAAUGGCGUUCAGUUCCUCAACCGUCAUCUUUCUUCUAUUAUGUUUCAUAACAAGGAUUCCUUGGAGCCAUUGCUUGAUUUCCUUCGAGUGCACAAGUACAAAGGGCAUGCAUUGAUGUUGAAUGAUCGCAUUCAUAGUAUAUCAAGACUUCAGUCCGCGCUUGCUAAGGCAGAAGACUAUCUUUCAAAGCUUCCUUCUGAUGCACCUUACUCAGAAUUUGAAUAUGCGUUCCAAGGUUUGGGUUUUGAGAGAGGUUGGGGGGAUACUGCUGGACGGGUAUUGGAGAUGAUGCAUCUUCUAUUGGAUAUCCUUCAGGCUCCAGAUCCCUCUUCGUUAGAGACAUUCCUUGGGAGAGUUCCAAUGGUGUUUAAUGUCGUCAUUUUGUCUCCUCAUGGAUACUUUGGUCAAGCCAAUGUUUUAGGCUUGCCUGACACGGGUGGGCAGGUUGUUUACAUACUUGACCAAGUACGUGCAUUGGAAAAGGAGAUGCUUCUCAGAAUCAAGAACCAAGGGCUGGAUUUCAUGCCUAGAAUUCUUAUUGUGACCAGGUUAAUACCUGAUGCAAAAGGGACAACCUGCAGCCAGCGGCUAGAAAGAGUCAGUGGAACUGAGCACACUCAUAUUUUACGAGUUCCUUUUAGGUCAGAGAAAGGAAUUCUACGUAAAUGGAUCUCUAGGUUUGAUGUAUGGCCAUACUUGGAGACAUUUGCUGAGGAUGUGGCAAGCGAAGUUGCUGCAGAGUUGCCAGGAAUUCCAGAUCUUAUUAUUGGAAACUACAGCGAUGGGAACCUUGUUGCAUCACUGUUGGCUUGUAAGAUGGGAGUUACACAGUGUAAUAUUGCUCACGCAUUGGAGAAGACAAAAUAUCCAGAUUCGGACAUAUAUUGGAAAAGGUUCGAUGAGAAAUAUCAUUUCUCAUGCCAAUUUACUGCUGACCUCAUAGCCAUGAAUAAUGCAGAUUUUAUCAUCACUAGUACAUAUCAAGAGAUUGCAGGAACGAAGAACACUGUUGGUCAGUAUGAGAGUUACACUACUUUUACUCUUCCUGGGCUGUAUCGAGUUGUACAAGGCAUUGAUGUUUUUGAUCCAAAGUUUAAUAUUGUCUCUCCUGGGGCAGACAUGGCCAUCUAUUUCCCCUACCAUGAAAAACAAAAGAGGCUAACGGCCUUACAUGGUUCAAUAGAAAAGAUGUUAUAUGAUCCUGAGCAGACUGAAGAUUCCAUUGGGAUGUUGAGUGAUCGGACGAAGCCUAUAAUUUUUUCAAUGGCAAGAUUGGAUGGGGUGAAAAACAUAACAGGUCUGGUUGAGUUGUAUGGUAAGAAUGCCAAAUUAAGGGAACUGGUAAACCUCGUUGUGGUAGCUGGUUACAUUGAUGUUAGAAAGUCCAGUGACAGAGAAGAAAUUGAAGAAAUAAAAAAGAUGCAUGACCUUAUGAAAAAGUACGACUUACAUGGACAAUUUCGUUGGAUGGACUCCCAAACAAAUCGAGUACGUAAUGGUGAACUUUACCGCUACAUAGCCGAUACUAGAGGUGCUUUUGUGCAGCCUGCUUUUUAUGAAGCUUUUGGACUCACAGUUGUGGAAGCAAUGACUUCUGGACUUCCAACAUUUGCCACUUGCCAUGGUGGUCCGGCAGAGAUUAUCGAGCAUGGUGUGUCAGGAUUUCACAUCGAUCCAUAUUACCCUGAUCAGGCUGCUGCACUGAUGGUAGAUUUCUUUGAGAAGUGCAAGGAGGAUCCUGGUUACUGGAAAAAAAUAUCUGAUGCAGGGCUUCAGAGGAUUUACGAAGGGUAUACAUGGAAGAUUUAUUCUGAAAGGCUAAUGACACUAGCUGGGGUAUAUGGUUUCUGGAAGUAUGUAUCUAAGCUCGAGAGACUUGAGACAAGAAGAUACCUUGAGAUGUUUUACAUUCUCAAGCACCGUGAACUGGUCAAAACUGUUCCUUUGGCAAAUUGAUGAUAAAAAAUGAAUCACUGGAGCUGAAGCAACCAUGUUACUUCUUGAUUAAAGAGGCUGCAGCACAACCCAGAUAAGGUAAUACAUAAAUAAACUUACACGUAUGUAUGUGGUAGGUUUUGUAUGUUGUAGUUAUGUCAAAAACUAAGUGCGCGUACUCAUGGAACUUCUCUAUCUCAGUCUAAAAUAAUUUUAUCUUGAGUUGUUGAAGAAAUUCAUUUA